AUGCAUGUUGAUGUUGGUUCCCCUGAUAAAGCUACACAUUUUCAUAAUUCUCUACCUCUAGUUCAACCUAAUCAAACCUCAUUCACUCCUUCUCUAAACCUUAACAACAAGAUCCUCACAUUUCUUAACACUUUGAUUGGGUUAUCUCAACCCUUUCUGGGUCGAUUGGCUCGUCUUGAGGAUGACGUUGCUGAAAUCAAACAGGUUGUGUUACCCCCUGAUACUUAUGCCUUACCUCAACCACCUGCUCCUAACUAUACUCCGCCACCUCCACCACCUCCUCCCAUAUAUCCUCCACCUCAUCCUUCCUUAAAUACACCCCAUCCACUUCCUCAAAACACCACUGAUACUCCCACUAGGUCUACUGAUGAUCCCAUAAAGGGGGAGAAUGAAUCUAAGGAUUCUUCUUCUGAGGAACAAUUUGGUUAUGUCUCUACUAGAACUGAAGUUGUUAAAAAUUCUGAAGAUGAGGAUGAAGAGAGUGAUGAUUAUGACAACAAUAACAGCGGGGAAGGGUUGUGA